AUGAUUGUAACUGGUGAUGAUACUGUAGAACUUGAGGAACUGCAGAAACUUUUAGCGUCUGAGUUUGAGAUGAAAGAUUUGGGCAGUCUGAAAUAUUUUCUAGGAGUGGAAGUCACUCGAUCUAAACAUGGCUUAUUUCUUUCACAAAGGAAGUAUGUCAUGGACCUGCUAGCAGAUACUGGAAUGUUUGACUGUAAACCAGCUGAUACACCUAUUGUUGAGAAUCAUAAACUUGGUGUUUAUGUUGAUCAGGUUCCAACUAACAAUGAAAGAUACCAAAGGUUAGUGGGAAGAUUGAUUUAUUUAUCAUUGACACGCCCUGAUAUUGCCUAUGCGGUAAGCGUUGCUAGCCAAUUUAUGCAUUCACCUAGUGAGGACCAUAUGGCUACUGUGAUGCGUAUUCUGAGUUACUUAAAGUUUGCUCCUGGGAGAGGUUUAUUUUUUAAGAAAAAUGGCCACUUGGAUUUAGAAGGUUACACUGACGCAGAUUAUGCAGGGAAUAUUACAGAUAGACGUUCUACAUCAUGUUACUUCACCUUUGUUGGUGGUAACCUAGUUACGUGGCGUAGCAAGAAGCAAAACGUUGUGUCUCGGUCCUCUGCAGAGUCUGAGUACAGAGGGAUUGCCCAAGGGGUUUGUGAAAUAUUGUGGUUGAGGUGGUUACUUGCUGAAAUUGGGUUUAGACCGAAUGCUGCUACAAAGCUCUACUGUGAUAAUCAGUUUGCAUUUGAAAUUGCUAACAAUCUGGUGCAACAUGAUCGAACUAAGCAUGUGGAAGUUGAUCGGCAUUUCAUUAAGGAGAAGCUGGAGCAUAA